CUGGACUGCUGGGACGGCGACGACGGCAGCCCAGUGAUUUAUCACGGGCACACCUUCACCACCAAAAUCCCAUUCAGACGGGUAGUGGAGACUAUAGCUAGAAGUGCCUUCGUGGCUUCUCCAUACCCCCUGAUCCUCAGCAUCGAAAACCAUUGCAGUCUGCCGCAGCAGCAAGUGAUGGCCAGUACGUUUGAGGCAGUGUUCGGAGAUCAACUGGUAACGUCGUUUUUGUUCGAAGUGGACUAUACGGACGAGCCCCGUCUACCCAGUCCCGAGCAGCUUAAGUACAAGGUACUGAUCAAGAAUAAGAAACUGCUGCCCGUGGAGUCCAGCCUGACUAUCGGCUUGACUGGAGCUAGUUCUGCACAGGGUUACGGUGGAGUUCUGGUCACGGCUUUUAGAUCCAACGGCAUGCGUCACACCAGCGCGUCACUUCCAGAUCAAAGCAACCGCACCAGCUCUAUAAUGUCCAACCAGUCGGCGGGCAGUUCCCUCACCGAAUAUUUCUCUGAUGAGGAAUAUGAUGAGGAUGACGAAGACAUUGAUGAGAAAGAACUCCACAAGAUACUCAACUCGAUGGAAGAGAAAGUUGGUCGGACGUCUCUCUCGCUCUACCAGAGUUUCCGCAGGAGCGAGGGAGACGGCGAAGCGUGCGGGAGUAUCAAACACGGAAAUAGGAAGAGGAGCAAUCAGAUCGCGAAGGAACUUAGCGAUAUGGUCACGUAUGUUCAGGCAAUAAAGUUUCGCGGGCUGAACCCUUUGUCCCCUCGGAGCUCUGUGAAGCAGCCCAGCACAGUCAUCAAGGACAGUUCAAGUGCACCGGCGUGCAAUAGCUUCGAGUCCUCGGAGAGUAGCGACAGUACUGCAACGCAACUAGCACAGCAGUCGCAGUCGUCUGCCGUCCCCCGGGCCCGCUGCCUGAACGCACCGGCGGUGCACCACCCGUGCUACCGCUGCUCGUCCGUCAAUGAGGCCAUCGGCAAGAAGAUCUGCAGGAAGCACCCGCUCGCGCUCAUCGCACACACGGAGACCCAGCUCGUGAGGACCUAUCCCGCGGGGCUAAGGAUAGACUCGUCCAACUUCGACCCGGUGACCUUCUGGUCUUGCGGGGUCCAACUGGUGGCACUGAACUACCAGACGGAGGACGCCGCGAUGGCGGUCAACGCCGCCAUGUUCGAGAGCAACGGCUGUGUGGGAUACGUCAGGAAGCCACCCGUCAUGUGGGACCCCAACCAUAUAGCCUACAGGCGGUUCAACCCUAUGGACAAGGAGUUUGACGGCAUCCAUUCGGCGCAUCUGACUCUAGCGGUGAUCUCCGGGCAGUACGUGGCAGAGAACGUAUACUCUUUCUACAACGCGUUCGUGGAAGUGGAGGUGCUGGGUGUCCCGGCCGACUGCAAGAAGAUACGGACUAAGGUCGCCAGGAGGAACGCGCUGAAUCCCGUCUGGAACGAGACCUUCAGCUUCAAGAUCAACUUCCCCGAGCUGGCCUUCGUUCGCUUCGAGAUCUACGACGCGGAUACGAACUAUAUGUUGUCGCAGCGAGUCAUACCGCUUCUCUGCUUGCGCCCAGGAUACAGGCACGUGAGGUUACGUUCCCCCAGCAACCAGCCGCUGAACAUGGCGUCGUUGCUGGUGUUCUCGCGGUGCAGCGAGGAGUCGGCGUGCGGCGGCGCGGGGCCGGGCGCGCCGCGCGACCUGCGCGUGCACUUCCUCGUGGUGUACGCGGUCGCCCGCCACGAGCCCUACUCCAUACUGAAGGUCACGCAGGACACCACAGCCACCGAGGCGAUAGCGCAGUGCCUGAGCAAGGCGGGCGUGUGCCGCUCGGCACGCGGCAGCUACGUGCUGGUGGAGGAGGUGGCGUCGCGCGCGCCCACGCAGCGCGUGCUGGCGCCGCACGAGCGCGUGCUGCGCGCCGCCGCACGCCCCGCCGCACGUCCCACUGCACGCCCCGCCGCGCGCUUACUGCUCAAGCGCGUCGGGGACGACCCCAGCAGUCGCGCGUGGCUCACCAGCAUAAGAUCAACGUCAACGGACAGGUCUCGGGAGCGAUCGGUGCCGUCGGACGAGGAGUGCAGCGGUCAGGAGGAGGAGCCCCGACGUCCGCCAGAUAGUUUCCUGGUCUGCGUUCACAAUGUCUCGCACGAAAUCCCCUAUGCCAUACUCAAGGUGCCUCUAACUGCAACGGCGUCCUACGUCGUGUACCAAGCUCUGACCAAAGCGAGAUGCCAGGACGACCCGAAACGGUUCGUUCUGGUCGAGGAGCUGGAGUGGGGCGGCAGGGCGGGCGCCGGUCCGCAGCAGCGCGCGCUCGCUGAUGAUGAAGUGGUUUACGCGGCGCAGGCAAGUUGGAAAACGUUAGGAAGAUUCGUUCUACAGGAAAAAGGCACUACUGCUCCAGUCCCAAAGCACAGAGCCGCUAUCGCAAGGAUACAGCGAGGCUUGAGCAUGACCAGGGGAGCGAUUACAGGUUACACUUUUCCAUUGGCUGGUCUGAGUUCGAGCGACAGUGCUGUUGGGGAGGGCAAGGCGCCCGUGCAAGCCGCUUACAGCGACCCUACACAUUGCAGAAGGGUAUCCACGUCGCCUCUUGGAAAGGGCGUCGGACGAGCGAAAGGGCACUCAGAUAGAGACAUCAGAUCCUUCAUGCAAAGGAGGGCCGGCUCCAGAGAGGUCCAUUCAGAGGGCGAAGCGGGGGGAUCGUUGGGGGCAGAGGCACUUGCAGCACAGAUGGCGCGCUUCAAGAGAGUAUCUUUGAGGAAGCUCCGCGCUUGGCGAUCCUGA